GGAAAGGUUUCCCGUUCACGGUGCCAAUGCUAUGAGUGCCGGUAUUACAGUGCCCAGUCCUCUCGGCUUGUGUGUGAGAUCUCCUUAGUCUGCUAUUUUUAGAAGGCUACGGGCAGGGAGUCUGUAGAUUUAUGAAUUUUGCUAUGUCCCUUGUAAUUACGGUUCUGGAAAAGUUUUUGGAAUUUUUGAGUGGACCAUUGCCUCCCCCUCAAAUAAAGUUGGGAGGGUGUGUUGCUGAAUCAUUGUGUCGUCUUCUUACCUGGGACUGAUAGAUUGUGUGGAGUUACAAAUAAUGAGCAUGAGAAUGGGAGAAUCAGAGAAACUGAAUAAGAUGAGUUCCCUUCUGGAAAGACUGCAUGUCAAAUUUAAUCCCAACAGCAGACCUUGGACAGAAACCAUGAAGCUUGUUCGUCAAGUUAUGGAAAAACGAGUUGUAAUGAACUCUGGAGGUCAUCAGAAUCUUGUCAGCUGCUUGGAAACUUUGCAGAAAGCCUUAAAAGUGACAUCUCUGCCUGCUAUGACAGAUCGCUUGGAGUCCAUUGCUAGACAAAAUGGCCUUGGAUCUCACCUUAGUGCAAAUGGUACUGAAUGUUACAUAACAUCAGACAUGUUCUAUGUGGAAGUUCACUUGGAUCCUACAGGACAGCUGUGUGAUGUCAAGGUGGCGCAUCAUGGAGAAAACCCUGUGAGUUGCCCAGAGCUGGUGCAACAUCUAAGAGAGAGAAACUUCAAUGAAUUUUCUAAGCACCUUAAGGGUCUUGUCAAUCUGUAUAAGCUGCCAGGUGACAAUAAACUGAAAACUAAAAUGUACCUGGCGCUUCAAUCACUGGAACUUGAUCUUUCAAAGAUGGCAGGAAUGUACUGGCAAGCAACCAAUGCAAGCCCUUUGGAUAAGAUCCUGCAUGGCACUGUGGGUUAUCUCACCCCAAGAAGUGGAGGUCACUUGAUGAAUCUGAAGUAUUAUGUUUCACCCUAUGAUUUGAUUGAAGAAGGUACUGGAGCUCCCAUCAUUCUGAAUGAGAACAAUGUUCCUCGAUCUCUGGGCAUGAAUGUAUGUGUUACAAUUGAAGGAACCUUGAAUAUGAACAAACUUCCAAUUGCCCCCUUGAUUAUGGGAUCUCAUCCUGUGGACAAUAAAGGGACACCCUCUUUCUCUUCAGUUACUAGUGCCAACAGUGUUGAUUUGCCAGCCUGUUUUUUCUUAAAGUUUCCAAGACCUAUUCCAGUAUCUCGGACUUUCAUUCAGAAACUUCAGAACUGUACAGGCAUCCCAUUGUUUGAUACCCCUCCAGCAUAUGUACCCCUGUAUGAGCUCAUCACACAGUUUGAACUAUCCAAGGAGGAGGUCCCUGGACCAUUGAAUCACAAUAUGCGCUUCUAUGCGGCUUUGCCAGGACAGCAGCACUGCUAUUUCCUCAACAAAGAUGCCCCCUUGCCAGAUGGACGAAGCCUUCAAGGAGCUCUACUUAGCAAAAUUGCUUUUCACCACCCUAGUCGAGUACCUCUCAUCCUCAAUAUAAUCCGGCACCAGGUAGCCUACAAUACACUGAUAGGCAGUUGUGUCAAGCGAACAGUCUUAAAAGAAGAUUCUCCUGGAAUCCUUCAAUUUGAAGUCUGUCCCCUAUCUGACUCCUGUUUCAGUGUGUCCUUCCAGCAUCCUGUAAAUGACUCCUUAGUUUGUGUGGUAAUGGAUGUGCAAGAUUCUACCCAUGUGAAUUGCAAAUUGUAUAAAGGGCUCUCUGAUGCACUCAUCUGCACAGAUGAUUUCAUUGCUAAAGUUGUUCAAAGAUGCAUGUCAAUUCCUGUGACCAUGAGAGCCAUUCGGAGAAAGGCUGAGACAAUCCAAGCAGACACACCGGCCUUGUCCCUCAUCGCUGAGACAGUUGAGGACAUGGUAAAGAAGAACCUCCCACCCGCUAGCAGCCCAGGUUAUGGCAUGACCACUGGCAACAACCCAAUGAGUGGCACUACCACCCCAACGAGCACUUUUCCUGGGGGGCCCAUUUCCACCUUGUUCACUAUGAGCAUGGGCCUAAAAGAACGGCAUGAUUCAGUGGGCCAUGGGGAGGACUUCAGCAAAGUGUCUCAGAACCCCAUUCUUACAAGCUUGCUACAAAUCACAGGCAAUGUGGGGACCACCAUUGGCUCUAGUCCUACUCCUCCACACCAUACACCUCCUCCUGUGUCAUCUCCCGCAAGCAACACCAAGAACCACCCCAUGCUCAUGAACCUGUUGAAGGAUAAUCCAGCUCAAGAUUUCUCAACUCUGUAUGGGAGCAGCCCACUUGAAAGGCAGAACUCAUCUUCUGGCUCCCCAAGGAUGGAAAUGGGGCCAGGGGGUAACAAGCAAAAGAAGAAAAAAUCACGUGUCCUAGUGGACAAACCCAAGCAUCAAACUGAAGAUGACUUCCAGAGAGAACUGUUCUCCAUGGACGUUGAUUCACAGAAUCCCAUCUUUGAUGUCAAUAUGACUGCUGACACUUUAGAUACUCCCCAUAUUACUCCAGCUCCCAGUCAAUGCAGCACUCCACCUACAACCUAUCCACAGUCUAUACCUCAUGCCCAGCCCAGUAUUCAGAGGAUGGUCCGACUCUCCAGUUCAGACAGCAUUGGCCCUGACGUCACAGACAUCCUUUCUGACAUAGCAGAGGAAGCGUCCAAGCUGCCAAGCUCCAGUGAAGAUUGCCCUCCUAUUGGAACACCAGUAAGGGACUCAUCCAGUUCAGGACAUUCCCAAAGCGCCCUCUUUGAUCCUGAUGUCUUUCAGUCAAACAACAGUGAAAAUCCUUACACAGAUCCAGCUGAACUGAUUGCUGAUGCCACUGUGAGUCCAAACAGUGAUUCUUCAAAUCAGUUUUUCCCCGAUGGAGUUGAUUUCAACCCUGACCUCCUGAACAGCCAGAGUCAAAGUGGUUUUGGAGAAGAAUAUUUUGAUGAUAGCAGCCAAAGUGGAGAUGCGGAUGACUUCAAAGGCUUUACACCACAAACGAUAAGUACUCUGGGCGUGCAAGUGCUGGGGGGAGAUGGAGGGGAGAAUAAGUUCAAGGCAAGCAGCCAAGCGGACACAGUUGACUUUAGUAUUAUCACUGCUGCCAGCAAGGCUCUGGGAGCCUCUGAUGUUAUGGAGCAUCAUAGUGGAAGCCAGAGCCCUUUACUGAGCACAGGAGAUAUGGGGAAGGAGAAGUCACAGAAGCGGGUCAAAGAGGGUAACGGAUCCGGGAGUUCUUUAACAGGUCCUGGGCUGGAUGGCAAGGGUGGAAAACGCAGCCGCACCCCAUCCAGUGAUGGGAAGAGUAAAGAAAAGGUCCAGAAGAGAAGGAAGGUGGAGCCAGAAGGCAAAUCUCCCUCUCAUAGUUCAUCCACCAGGCCUUUCACCCCACCAGCAAGCACAGGUGGCUCAAAAUCUCCUGGAAGUUCAGGGAGGUCUCAAACACCCCCAGGGGUAGCUACUCCUCCCAUCCCCAAAAUCACCAUCCAGAUCCCCAAGGGAACUGUGACUGUUGGCAAACCUUCUCAUGGGCAGUAUACAAGCAGCGGCUCAGUCUCCUCUUUGAGUAGCAAAGGUCAUCACAGUCAUUCCUCCUCUUCUUCUUCAUCAUCGUCAUCAUCAUCCUCGUCCUCUUCGUCUUCCUCAUCGACCUCUAGCAAAAUAAAGAGCAGCAAGUCGGAUGGGUCUUCUGGUUCCAAGAUGAGCAGCAGCCUCUACUCGGGCCAAGGCGGCUCUGGAUCAGGUCAGUCCAAAAGCUCCACCCAAUCAGUGGGCAAGCCUGGGUCCUCCCCCAUCACAAAACACGGCCUCAGCAGCGGCUCUGGAGGUACCAAGAUCAAACCUCAAGGGAAGCCUUCAUCGCUUAUGAACCCUUCCAUGAGUAAACCAAACAUUUCUCCUUCUCAUUCUAGACCCUCGGGCGGUUCUGACAAGCUGGCCUCUCCGAUGAAACCCGUUCCAGGUACUCCCCCGUCGUCUAAAGCAAAGUCCCCUAUUAGUUCCGGUUCUGGAGGCUCACACAUGUCUGGGACAGGAUCCAGCUCAAGCAUGAAGUCCUCUUCCGGGAUGGGAUCCUCCAGUUCCAUGUCUCAGAAGCCACCCACUUCUUCAAAUUCUUCAGUGGGAUCUUCAUCUUCCUUUUCUUCAGGCAGCUCCUCCAUGUCUUCAUCACAAAAUCAACACGGGAGUUCCAAAGGCAAGUCCCCAAGCCGCAACAAAAAGCCAUCUCUGACUGCCGUCAUUGACAAGCUCAAGCAUGGUGUCGUCACCAGUGGUCCUGGUGGAGAAGACUCAAUGGACGGACAGAUGGUUCAGAGUUCCAGUUCCUCGAGUCACUCCAUGUCUUCUAAACAUAACUUGUCUGGAGGUGAACUGCAGGGAAAACGGGAAAGAACUGAUAAGGAGAAAUCCAAAGUUUCUGUUUCAGGAGGUUCCUCUGACUCUUCCAAGAAGACAUCUGAUUCAAAGAAUGUUGGAAGCACUGGAGUGGCUAAGAUAAUAAUAAGCAAACAUGACGGUGGCUCUCCUAGCAUUAAAGCCAAAGUUACCUUGCAAAAACCUGGGGAAGGAGGUGGGGAUGGCUUAAGGCCUCAGAUGACGUCUUCCAAAAGCUAUGGUUCACCAUUGAUAAGUGGAUCCACUCCAAAGCAUGAGCGCUGUUCUCCCAGCCACAGUAAGUCUCCUGCAUAUACCCCCCAAAACAUUGACAGUGAGAGUGAAUCAGGAUCAUCCAUAGCAGAGAAAUCCUAUCAGAACAGCCCUAGCUCCGAUGAUGGAAUUAGGCCUCUUCCAGAAUAUAGCUCAGAAAAGCAUAAGAAACACAAAAAGGAAAAGAAGAAAGUGAAAGAUAAAGACCGGGACAGGGAUCGUGACAAAGAGAGGGACAAAAAGAAAACACACAGCAUUAAGCCAGAAAGCUGGUCUAAAUCUCCCAUCUCGUCAGAACAGUCUCUGUCUAUGACAAGCAGUGCCAUUCUUUCAUCAGAUAGGCCAGCCAGGCCCAGCCCUGAUUUUCUGAUGGGGGAAGAUGAUGAUCUAAUGGAUGUUGCCCUGAUAAGAAAUUGAGAACAUUUGUGGCGCAAGAGAUAUUUCAUUUUUAAUUUUCUUAAAGUUGUGAAUGUUCACAACACCAAAAUGAGUUCAAGUAAAACCAAACCUUUUCAUUUUGGACAACUCUCAUGAUGAAAUUUAGUAAGCAAUUUAUUUUUAAAGCUCUUGGAAGCUUACAUGAGUACACAUAGGUGCUUCCAUCUAAUACAAAUCUUUACCACAAAGAAUUGAUGUACCAAACUGCUAGGUUGUAGACCUGCCAUUUGUCCCCAGACUCUCUUGUAAGAUAGAACUGAAACUCAGGCAUAUGCUAAACAUUUUACAUGUUUUAAUAGAAUCAGAUUUUUCUCUUGCACCGUGGUCUUUAGGAACUUUUCCAUUUUGGUGCAUAUUUUUUUAACAUUUUUAGCAUUUAAGAUUAAAGCUUGGCUGGAUUUUAUUCAUAGUUAGGAAGAAUAUUUCCAUUAAAAAUAUCGCUAAUGGAAAUAAAUCAGUGCCUGGUAACUUUCACUUUCUUAAGGUGCUGAUUGCUAUCUCCUAAAGUCUGAGAAACUGUGUGUUCAACAGAUAACGCCAUUUUUGUCCCUCAUCCAGAUGAUAUAGUAUUUUGGUAUAGAUGUGUUAUAUCUUUACAGUCAUUUGACUUAAUAUUUAUGUUAUAAAAUAGUUCUUUUAAUAUACUCACAAAAGCUCUGAUGGCUUUCAUGGAUGUCUUCUGUGUUUUAAUUGGAUAGUAAAGGACUUCAUCUUGGUGAGAAGAGGAGAGGAAGAUUUGUGUCCCUUGCAUGUAAAAAUUUGGAUUUCUGAGCCCCUGUAAUUUGGAUUUAGGUAAAACCUACCUGGGAGAGAAUGCAGUUUAAGUUGGAAUUAGGCCCUUUUGCUUCAAUCAGUCCAGCAUGUUGGCCUUAUGGGUGAGCAUCCAUUCCCUCUUUGAUAGAAGAUAGCUUCUUUCCAUACCACUCCAGAAAUGUACAAGCUCUGAAAGUCACAUAGGAGGAGCCCAUAAUGCAGCUGCUUUCUUGGAUGAUGUUGGUUUGGCUUCCAGGAGGGAUGAUUACUUCAUUUACCCACAUGACUUCAGGGUUCCUAGAUUACUGGAAUCAUAUGGGAAGCUGCUACACUUGAAUUGAGGAAGAACCUAGAGUAUAUGCAUUUUUUAAAGUUUUUGUUUGCAAAAUGUGCACACUAGUUCCUAUGUUGUUACAGGUUAAAGGAAACAUUCUAGAACUUUUCACUUACCCACAUACUUUCUGUAUCUAGUGCUAUCAUAGUGAAUUAAAAUUACUCCUUAGCAUUUACCCUGUUCUGCUUUAUCAUAGACCUGAGUCAGUAUAAAGAUGGAUCUCUGUUUGACAGCUGAUGCCUCAUUUUCAUGUAUCUUUAUAUGAAACAUCACCCAGUAUUCCAGAGAGUAGGGUGACAUCAUAUCACAUAGAGAUUCGUAUGUGUAUCAGAAUGUCUGGAUUGGACAUAGACAGUAUACAGUCACCCACAAGCACAGCAUUGGCUUUAAGUCUAUCUGGUAGCUAACCAUGCAUCCCUAAUUGUUAGUACCCUUACAGGCUAGUAUAUGUUGGGUUUGUCCAACCAUGGAUUCUCUUUAGUAAUGAAGAUAUAAGAGAGGUGAAACAUAGAAAACUGUCCAGGCUUUCUCUGAUUCACAUUCCCACUUCAAAUGUUUCCAGGGUAUGAAAAAUAAAUUCAGAACAAGUGACAUGUCUUUCUUAUUGCAGGAGACUGAUUGUGGAAUGUGCACAGGGCCUAUAAAACACCAAGGUAUUUUUUAAAUUGUGACUCCCCUUACAGUGGAACCACAUCAUAGAAUGUAAUUCUGUAUUGGUCCAGUCCUCAGCAGCUUGUCAUCUGUUUAAUUACCAUAGUAUUUGUUUGGGGAAUGUGGGUUCUAAACAACAGUGUGCAAUUCUCAAAAUGGAAGGCUGUUCAAGGCCUUACGUAACCUUGAUGUAUCCUAGCAGCAUCUGAAUGGUGUUUUCAUAAUGAAACAGUUUUUAUCAAUGUUGCUAUCCUUUGCAACUUGCAUGGAAUUGUUGAAAGUAUUGGCAGGAUUAUGAACAGCAUGGAUACAGUUGGUCUUACACUCUGAUACUCUAUAUUUUAUAUUCUAAAAGAGUAAAUGAGGGAUUAUAUUGGGUCUUGCACCAUGAUCCUACUAGACCUUUGAAUGGUUUGGGGUCCAAAGUCAAACAUGCAAAAUUAUUUCUGUUAUACUUUACAAAUGGACAACUUGAUUGAGUAGCAGGUUUCUGAGUUAAGCAAAACACUUUUUCAGGCUUAAAAAAGACUUAAUACAGUGCACAUGAGCAGCACCCAGUUGUGAAGGAGUUCCCUAAUGAUCAUAACAGUUCUACCCCAGUACAAAGGAAUUCUGUGGUAGACAAUUAGAAGGAAUUAAAUGCCCUUCCUUCCCUAUAGGUAAUUGAGUGCCCAGAGGAAGGUGGGGAAGAGGGAAUGGGACACAUUGUAUCCUAUUGGAUAAUUUUUAUAUAGUUUGAAUUGAGCCAAAUGAGUUUGAUGCAGGUCCAAAGCUUGCCGUCAUACCAAGAAAUGAAAAAAUGACUUUGAAAACUGUCAUUUAAACAGACUGUUGUAAAGUUUUAGAAACUGUUUUUAAUAUGAAUAUUAUUUCCCCUGAGCAGUGGUGUCCCCCAUCCCCUCAGGAAUGAUGCAAGGUAGCGAUUAAAAUAAGUUUCACCAGUUAGAAUUGGGACACAAAUGUCAGUAUCGCACCAUCCCCUUCUGUGUUAAACGAUCUCAUGUGUAUUUCUAAAAGUGCAUUUAAUUGUUCACAAUAUUUUACAUCUUUCAGUAUUGUAAAGACAAAGUAAACAAUGGGAAAUGGGAAACAACCAAACCUUUUAAUUUUGGCUGGAGCUGUUCAUAAUUAAAGGAUUGGCUUUUUCCUCUUAAUGUAAAUAGUAUGUCCUUUAAUCUUAUUUUGUGAACAACUGUGGAAAUGCUGCUUCUGGUGACCAGUGGAGUGAGCAGAGGAAUGUAAUGUGUUCUUAGCAUUUUUUGAAAGUAUUUCAAAUCACAUGUUGGUUUUACAUGCCAAUAAAUCUGUUUGGUAAAAAAA